AUGGGGAACGUGGAGAGCGCGGACGGGGAGGCGCUGCCCCGGGGCUCGCCAGCGGCCGCCCCGGCGGGGCCCGGGCUGCUCGCCCCGGGCAAGAUGCCGAUGCCGGAGCCGUGCGAGCUGGAGGAGCGGUUCGCCCUGGUGCUGAGCUCCAUGAACCUGCCCCCGGACAAGGCCCGGCUGCUGCGCCAGUACGACAACGAGAAGAAGUGGGACCUCAUCUGCGACCAGGAGCGGUUCCAGGUGAAAAGCCCCCCUCAUGCCUACAUCCAAAAGCUGCAGAGCUUCCUGGACCCCAGCGUCACACGGAAGAAGUUCAGGCGGAGGGUGCAAGAGUCGACCAAGGUGCUGCGCGAGCUGGAGAUCAGCCUGCGGACGAACCACAUCGGGUGGGUGCGCGAGUUCCUCAACGCCGACAACCGGGGCCUGGACGUGCUCGUGAACUACCUGUCCUUCGCCCAGUGCGCCGUGACCUUCGACUUCGAGGGCCCCGAUGGCGCCGAGGACGGCGGCCUCGAGAAGCCCCGAGCCUGGAGCAGGUCCAUAGAGGAUCUGCAGCCCCCCGGGACCCUGCCCGCGCCGCUCGCCAGCAGCCUGGCCCGCGCCGCCCGCCACGGCGCCCUGCGCUCCGGGACGCUGCCCAGCCGCAAGGCGCUCAAGAACGCGCGCCUCGUGAGCCAGAAGGACGACGUGCACCUCUGCAUCAUGUGCCUGCGGGCCAUCAUGAACUACCAGGUCUGCAAGGAGAAGCACCGCUUCGAGCGCCUCAUGGACUACUUCCGCAACGAGGACAGCAGCAUCGACUUCAUGGUCGCCUGCAUGCAGUUCAUCAACAUCGUGGUGCACUCCGUGGAGGACAUGAACUUCCGCGUGCACCUGCAGUACGAGUUCACCAAGCUGGGGCUGGAGGAGUUCCUGCAGAAGUCGCGGCACACGGAGAGCGAGAAGCUGCAGGUGCAGAUCCAGGCCUACCUGGACAACGUCUUCGACGUCGGCGGGCUGCUGGAGGAUGCCGAGACCAAGAACGUGGCCCUGGAGAAGGUGGAGGAGCUGGAGGAGCAUCUGUCCCACCUGACGGAGAAGCUGCUGGACCUGGAGAACGAGAACAUGAUGCGGGUGGCGGAGCUGGAGAAGCAGCUGCUGCAGCGGGAGAAGGAGCUGGAGCUGGUCAAGGAGACCUACGAGCACACGAGCCGGCAGGUGCACACGCUGCGGCGCGUCAUCGAGGAGAAGGACGCGGCGUUCCGGCAGCGCAAGUGCCCCCCGGCCCCGCCGCUGCCGGGGGCUUCGCCCUCCAUCGCCCUCACCGUGGGGCUCUCCGCCAUCCGCAUCAAGAAGCCCAUCAAGACCAAGUUCCGCCUGCCCGUCUUCAACUGGACGGCGCUGAAGCCCAACCAGAUCAGCGGGACGGUGUUCAGCGAGCUGGACGACGAGCGGGUGCUGGAGGACCUGGACUUGGAGCGCUUUGAGGAGCUCUUCAAGACCAAGGCGCAGGGGCCGGCGCUCGACCUCGUGUGCGCCAAGAGCAAGGCGGCGCACAAGGCGGCCAGCAAGGUGACGCUGCUGGAGGCCAACCGGGCCAAGAACUUGGCCAUCACGCUGCGCAAGGCCGGCCGCAGCGCCGAGGAGAUCUGCAGGGCCAUCCACACGUUCGACCUGGCCACGCUGCCCGUGGACUUCGUGGAGUGCCUGAUGCGCUUCGUGCCCACGGAGGCGGAGGCGAAGGCGCUGCGGCAGUACGAGCGCGAGCGCAAGCCCCUCGAGGAGCUGGCCGCCGAGGACCGCUUCAUGCUGCACUUCUGCAAGGUGGAGCGGCUGCCGCAGCGCAUGGCCAUCAUGGCCUUCCUGGGCAACUUCGCCGAGAACGUGCAGAUGCUGACGCCGCAACUCAACGCUAUCAUCGCCGCCUCCGCCUCCGUCAAGUCCUCACAGAAGCUGAAGCACAUGCUGGAGAUCAUCCUGGCUCUGGGCAACUACAUGAACAGCAGCAAACGCGGCGCCGUCUAUGGCUUCAAGCUGCAGAGCCUGGACCUGCUCCUGGACACCAAGUCGACGGACCGCAAGCUGACGCUGCUACACUUCAUCGCGCUCACGGUGCGGGAGAAGUACCCGGAGCUGGCGACGUUCUGGCAGGAGCUGCACUUUGUGGAGAAGGCGGCCGCAGUGUCCCUGGAGAACGUGCUGCUGGACGUGAAGGAGCUGGGCCGCGGCAUGGAGCUGCUGCGGCGCGAGUGCGCGCUGCACGAGCACGGCGUGCUGCGCGCCUUCCUGGCCGCCAGCGAGGGCAAGCUGGAGCGGCUGCAGAAGGACGCGCGGACGGCCGAGGACGCCUACAACACAGUGGUGCGGUAUUUCGGCGAGAGCCCCAAGACAACCCCCCCGUCCGUGUUCUUCCCCGUCUUCGUCCGCUUCAUCCGCUCCUACAAGGACGCGGAGCAGGAGAAUGAGACGCGGAAGAAGCAGGAGGAGGUGAUGCGGGAGAAGAUGCUGGCGCAGGAGGCCAAGAAGAUGGAGAAGCGCAACAAGUGGCAGCAGCAGGAGCUGAUCGCGGAGCUGCGGCGGCGCCAGGCCAAGGACCACCGGCCUGUCUACGAGGGCAAGGACGGCACCAUCGAGGACAUCAUCACCGCGCUCAAGAGCGUCCCCUUCACGGCCCGCACGGCCAAGCGGGGCUCGCGCUUCUUCUGCGACCCGGCCCACCACGACGAGUCCAACUGUUAGCCCUGAGCCCACAGGCCCGUCCGCCUGUAGCCGCC